GUCAAAUUGAAAUUACGUAAAUAUUUUUGGAUUCGAAUUCGAAAGCUUUCAAAUUGAAGUGCAAUGAAAUACAGAGAUUCAUGUAAAGUAUUGAUUUAUUAGUCGUACAUCGAAUUAUUAUGCCUACAGGCCGCGCUGUGCUUCUGUUGAGACGUCUUUCGACGGGUGAUAGUAGAUUAAAAAAUAUUAAUUUAAACCAGAACUCCACCAAGGAUUCUAGCUCUGCGUUUUCAUUCCCGGUUUGCAUACAUCGUGAUUUAGGAGCUAGUAAAAGAUUUUCUUCGUAUGAUCUCAGUCCACCUACACUCAUUAGAAGAAGCUUUAGUGACAACAUAAUCAAGAUGGCUACAGCUAAUCCAGAAACAAAUCAAGCAGAGAAACAUAAAUUUUCUAAUAGAUUGGUAACAGAAAGGUCACCUUAUUUGUUGCAACAUGCUCACAAUCCUGUAGACUGGUAUCCAUGGUGUCAAGAAGCAAUUGACAGAGCUAAAAAAGAGAAUAAGCUUAUAUUUCUAUCAAUAGGAUACUCUACUUGCCACUGGUGUCAUGUAAUGGAAAAGGAAUGUUUUGAGAAUGAAGCUGUUGCGAAAAUCAUGAAUGAACAUUAUGUAAACAUUAAAAUUGACAGAGAAGAACGUCCUGACCUUGACCGCGUUUACAUGCUUUUCAUCACAGCAACCACAGGCAGAGGAGGCUGGCCAAUGUCUAUCUUUCUCACACCGGAAUUGUGUCCUGUAACUGGUGGUACUUACUUCCCCCCUGAAGACAGAUGGGGUCGUCCAGGUUUUAAAACCAUUUUGCUUUCUUUAGCAAAUAAAUGGCGAGAAAAUAGUGCACAAUUCUUGGAAGCUAGCAGCAAUGUUUUGGACGCUUUACGAAACAUAUCAAGAAUACAGGAUUCAACAACUGCAGUACCAGGUGAGGCUACCUGGACUAAAUGCGUGCGUCAUUAUCUCUCUACGUUUGAACCAGACUUUGGUGGUUUUGGGACAGCACCGAAAUUUCCACAAGCUUCCAUAUUCAACUUUCUUUUCCACUUCUACGCCAGAGACAAACGGGAUCAAGAAGGGAAAACGUGUCUGGAGAUGUGCUUGCAUACUUUGACUAAAAUAGCUAAAGGUGGUAUUCAUGAUCACGUGUCUGGUGGCUUUGCUAGGUAUUCCGUGGAUAACGACUGGCACGUACCGCAUUUCGAAAAAAUGCUAUACGAUCAAGCACAACUAUUAGUCGCCUAUACAGAUGCUUAUCUUGCAACGAAAGACGAAUUCUUCGCAGAGGUCGUAAGGGACAUAGUGAAGUAUAUAAACAGAGACUUGAGGCACGAAACUGGAGGCUAUUAUAGUGCAGAAGAUGCUGAUUCUUAUCCAUAUUUCGGUGCCGAACAUAAAAAAGAAGGGGCUUUCUGCACUUGGGAAUAUAAAGAACUGAAGUCGCUAUUAGAGGGAAAGCAGCUCGGAUCUCUUUCCUAUUUCGAAAUAUUUUGCGAUUAUUUUAGCGUCCAAGAAAAUGGUAACAUUUCGCCGGAAAGUGACCCACAUUCCGAACUGACUGAUAAAAACGUUCUUAUUAUCUAUGGAAGUAAAGAAGAAACCAUGUCUAGAUUUGGCAUAACAUUGGAACAAUUCAAUGAAGUUAUUAAUGAAUGUAUUGGUAUAUUAUUUGAAGCACGCUCCAAAAGACCCCGUCCUCAUUUGGAUACCAAAAUGCUAUGUUCCUGGAAUGGCCUCAUGAUAGCCGGCUUAGCCCAAGCUGGUCAAGGAUUAGGCGAUAAGAGUUUUGUAGAUGACGCCCUGAAAACAGCUCAAUUUGUCAAGGACUACCUGUAUGAUCCAAAUACGAAAACACUGUUUCAUUCUUCCUACAGAGAUGAAGUUGGAAAUAUCACUCAAACUAAUCAACCAAUCGAAGGAUUUUUAGAUGACUACGCGUUUUUGAUCAAAGGUCUACUUGACCUGUACGAAGCUUCUCUGGACCUCAACUGGCUGAACUGGGCGCGAGAGCUGCAACUCAAACAAAACGAACUUUUUUGGGAUAUGGAUAAUGGAGGCUAUUUCACAACUUCUACAUGCGAUCCUUCCGUUAUUUUAAGGUUGAAAGAAGAUCAGGAUGGGGCGGAGCCUUCUGGUAACAGCGUGUCGUGUCACAACCUACAACGCUUGGCAACGUACGCGGACAAGAGCGCAGUGCCUGAAGGCGGCGACCACGAGCGGGAGCUGGCGAAGAAAGUACUGCUGGCUUUCAGCAAGAAAAUGAUGGACCACCCCACUGCGCUGCCUGAAAUGGUGUCUGCGCUUAUGUUCUACAAUGACUCUCCUACUCAGGUGCUAAUUGCUGGCGGCUGCUCCGACCCGCGCACGCUGGAGCUGCUGCGCGUGGUGCGCUCGCGCCUGCUGCCCGGCCGCGUGCUGGCCGUGGCCGACCCGGCCGCAGACUCGCCCGUUGGUAUGUCCGACAUACUGCUGAGUCGCAUCCGUAGCGCGGGCGACGUGCCCGCCGCGUACGUGUGUCGGCGCUACGCGUGCUCGCUGCCCGUCACCGACGUCAAGCAGCUGGAGACGCUGCUCGACGAGCCUGCGUCGCCGGCACCACAGAACAAUUAGAGCUGGACCGUGAGGGUAGUGCGCGCCAAACUUGAGUCAUCUCUGUGUGCCUAGUGGGAGUUUUCAAUAUUUUCAUACUGUUACUAUCGCGUUAACGUAAACGUGAAUUUAUAUGGAAGUAGGGGACGCCCGCGGAAAUGUACGUCUACUAACUAUAAACUGCCUUUCUUUCAAGUUUGUAGCAUGUAAGAUGAAGGACUUUCAUACAAACUUGCGAGAGCCUUAAGACCUCCUUAAUCUGGCUCUGUCGCAAAAUUUGUUUGUAAAAAAACAUUACCUACAUAUAUUGAAUAGAAGCAGGCGUUACUUUGCGGAAGUUCAUCAUGAUUAUAUAAUGAUUUAUUUAUUUUGCUAUCAUCCGCGAAAAUUCGGCGAACCCAUGCGACAACGUCACCCAGGUCCGACAAAAUACUCUCUACGUACGUUUCACCCCGAAACCGGAGCAUCCUCAGGAGAUGUUGACUCUACAACGUGCAAUUGCAAAGUGUCGUUUUCGACCUUUGCUUCGUCUUUUAUAGACCAAAAAGUAGGUGGGGCAAGAGGUGGGCGUUGCCAAGAUACUAAUAAUAUAAGCGAUUUAUCUCGCAUCGCAUUCAAACAUUUUUAUUAAUGGUGACUUCGAUAACUCUAUUUGUUCAUUUAAUAAGGUAAUUCCUGACUUAUUAUGUUUUAUUAUUUCUAAUUGUUCCAAAACGCAUAGUCGUAGGCCUUUAUUGCAAGUGUGCAAAAUGUCAUACAUAUGAUUAUCUGCCAGCUUAUGACCAGUAUCUAGGAGAUGCUUUGCAAAGUGCGACCUUUGUGGACGGUCAUUUCGAACAGCGGAUAUGUGUUCCUUGUAACGUGUAUCAAAAUUCCGACCGGUUUGACCAAUAUAUGUUGCAUUACAUUCAGAACAUUGCAAUUUAUAUACUCCCGAUUUAUGUUGCUUUUCUAGUUUAUCUUUACCAUUGCAAAUAUUUUUAAGAGAGUUAUUUGUUCUGAAAGCCACAUUUAUAUCAUGCUUUCUAAGUGUUUUUGCAAUACGUUCCGACACUGGACCAAAGUAUGUUAGACUAGCUUUAAAUUUUUUAGGUUUUUCUAAUGGAAUUCCAUAAAGUUCUUUUCUAAUCAACACCAAUUGUUUCUUAUUGAUUAUUCUAUUCACAAUAUUCGGGUUGUAUCCAUUCGAAAUGGCCAUGCGAUAUAUUAUAUUUAAUUCCUUGUUAUACUGAUCCCUAGUUAGAGGAAUGGACAUCAGUCUAUGAACAUAACUAUGGAAAGCUGCUAAUUUAUGUUGCCAUGGAUGACAAGAUGAAGCUGGUAUGGUUAUAUCUGUAUAAGUUGGCUUACGAUAAAUCCCAAAGUGAUGUCUAUUAUUAACUCUAGUGAUUGUUACAUCAAGGAAAUUUAAAGAAUUAUUCUGUUCUAUUUCUAAUUUAAAUUUAAUUUUUGGGUGCAAAUUGUUUAAUUUAUCUACAAAGACAUCCAAUUGUCUGUCCGUUCCAGUCCAGCAUAUAAUUAUAUCGUCUACAUAUCGAUAGUAAUAUAAAAUGUGAUUAUUUUUAACAAUAUUUUUAUUUUCAAAGUCAUCCAUAAAUAUUUCAGCCAUUAAGGGACUCAAAGGUGAUCCCAUAGCUAGCCCUUCAUUUUGCUGGUAGUAAUCAUUAUUAAAUCUAAAAUAAUUUUGUUCCAUACAUAUAUGUGUUAACUCAAUCAACUCUGCCAUUUCAGUAGGAUGCGUUUUAUUUAUUUCUAACAAUUUAUUUAAAAUGUCCAGUGUUUCGUUUACUGGAACAUUAGUAAAUAAGCUAUCGACAUCUAAUGAUAUUAAUUUACAACAGUUAGGUAAAUCUAUAUCCUUGAUUUUGGUGACUAGUUCAACAGUGUUUUUAAGUGCAAAUACUGGCCGAAAAGAGGUUUUUAGUUUAAUAAUAUUAUUUAAUUGCUUUGCUAGCUCAUAUGCUGGGGCUCCAAUAUAGGAGACAACUGGACGCAUUGGGAUGUUAUCCUUGUGAAUUUUAGGUAAGCCAUACAAAAGUGGGGCAUGAGUGUUCAUUACAAUAGCCUUUUGUUUAGAUGUACAUUUGGGGAAUAUAAAUUCUGAUUUAUUUAUAGCUAGUCUAACUAUUGCAGCAAACUUUUUAGUUGGAUCUGUUGAUAAUUGAUGGAAUUCGUCUCCAAGAAGUAUAUCUUUUACUUUAUCCACAUACUCGUCCCGUUUCAUUAUUAUAACUGUAUUACCUUUAUCAGCUUUAGAAAUUACAAUAUUAUCUCGUGCAAUAGUGCUCUGUAACGAUUUCAAUAUUUUCAUGUCCUGAUUAGGUAUUGUGAGAGUGUGAGUGUUAUUGAUAUCGUGCGCUAUAAUAUUUUUAACAAUGUCCCCUUUCUUAUGAAGUGUUAUAGCUAAUUCUGUAUCUACUGCUAGUGUUUCAAGCGAUUUUUUAGAGUUUACAGUUGGGAUAUUGAAUUUUAAACCUUUCUCUAAAAGUGUCAUCUCAUGUUUUGAAAAAACCGUAUCAGUAAGAUUUUUAACACGAGGAUAGAAAUCGUGAUCAGUGUUGUCAGUAACUGCAUUGUCAUCUAUUACUAGUUGGGAUCUAGAGGAACUAGUUUGUAAGAAUUGUAAUUUCUUUUGCUGAGUAAUGUAUUUUUUGUGGCACUCUAUUGAGGCAAAAUCCCUUGCUUUGCUAUCUAACAGAUCAAAUUCUACGUUAUGUAAUUUGUAUGUGAGUUCAGAAUACAAUAUUUUUAAAUGUAGCUUCAAAUUAUCUCUAAUUGUGAACCAACUACGUGAUUCUUCAUUAAGCCAAAUUUUUUGAGCUUUUUUAAUAGCAAUAUCGGCUGAUCGGCUAUGCAUAUUAGUUGAAAUAUUAAUAUAUUUUGGUACUAAAUUUAAUUGUUUACAUUGUUGAUUAAACCAAACAUUUUGAACUGCAAGUCGAUGUAAUUUGGUUAAUUUUAUAUAGAGUCGUGCCUGCGUGGUUAAGCUAACCUCUUUUAAAUAUUGGAUAGAAGCAGGCGUUACUUUGCGGAAGUUCAUCAUGAUUAUAUAAUGAUUUAUUUAUUUUGCUAUCAUCCGCGAAAAUUCGGCGAACCCAUGCGACAACGUCACCCAGGUCCGACAAAAUACUCUCUACGUACGUUUCACCCCGAAACCGGAGCAUCCUCAGGAGAUGUUGACUCUACAACGUGCAAUUGCAAAGUGUCGUUUUCGACCUUUGCUUCGUCUUUUAUAGACCAAAAAGUAGGUGGGGCAAGAGGUGGGCGUUGCCAAGAUACUAAUAAUAUAAGCGAUUUAUCUCGCAUCGCAUUCAAACAUUUUUAUUAAUGGUGACUUCGAUAACUCUAUUUGUUCAUUUAAUAAGGUAAUUCCUGACUUAUUAUGUUUUAUUAUUUCUAAUUGUUCCAAAACGCAUAGUCGUAGGCCUUUAUUGCAAGUGUGCAAAAUGUCAUACAUAUGAUUAUCUGCCAGCUUAUGACCAGUAUCUAGGAGAUGCUUUGCAAAGUGCGACCUUUGUGGACGGUCAUUUCGAACAGCGGAUAUGUGUUCCUUGUAACGUGUAUCAAAAUUCCGACCGGUUUGACCAAUAUAUGUUGCAUUACAUUCAGAACAUUGCAAUUUAUAUACUCCCGAUUUAUGUUGCUUUUCUAGUUUAUCUUUACCAUUGCAAAUAUUUUUAAGAGAGUUAUUUGUUCUGAAAGCCACAUUUAUAUCAUGCUUUCUAAGUGUUUUUGCAAUACGUUCCGACACUGGACCAAAGUAUGUUAGACUAGCUUUAAAUUUUUUAGGUUUUUCUAAUGGAAUUCCAUAAAGUUCUUUUCUAAUCAACACCAAUUGUUUCUUAUUGAUUAUUCUAUUCACAAUAUUCGGGUUGUAUCCAUUCGAAAUGGCCAUGCGGUAUAUUAUAUUUAAUUCCUUGUUAUACUGAUCCCUAGUUAGAGGAAUGGACAUCAGUCUAUGAACAUAACUAUGGAAAGCUGCUAAUUUAUGUUGCCAUGGAUGACAAGAUGAAGCUGGUAUGGUUAUAUCUGUAUAAGUUGGCUUACGAUAAAUCCCAAAGUGAUGUCUAUUAUUAACUCUAGUGAUUGUUACAUCAAGGAAAUUUAAAGAAUUAUUCUGUUCUAUUUCUAAUUUAAAUUUAAUUUUUGGGUGCAAAUUGUUUAAUUUAUCUACAAAGACAUCCAAUUGUCUGUCCGUUCCAGUCCAGCAUAUAAUUAUAUCGUCUACAUAUCGAUAGUAAUAUAAAAUGUGAUUAUUUUUAACAAUAUUUUUAUUUUCAAAGUCAUCCAUAAAUAUUUCAGCCAUUAAGGGACUCAAAGGUGAUCCCAUAGCUAGCCCUUCAUUUUGCUGGUAGUAAUCAUUAUUAAAUCUAAAAUAAUUUUGUUCCAUACAUAUAUGUGUUAACUCAAUCAACUCUGCCAUUUCAGUAGGAUGCGUUUUAUUUAUUUCUAACAAUUUAUUUAAAAUGUCCAGUGUUUCGUUUACUGGAACAUUAGUAAAUAAGCUAUCGACAUCUAAUGAUAUUAAUUUACAACAGUUAGGUAAAUCUAUAUCCUUGAUUUUGGUGACUAGUUCAACAGUGUUUUUAAGUGCAAAUACUGGCCGAAAAGAGGUUUUUAGUUUAAUAAUAUUAUUUAAUUGCUUUGCUAGCUCAUAUGCUGGGGCUCCAAUAUAGGAGACAACUGGACGCAUUGGGAUGUUAUCCUUGUGAAUUUUAGGUAAGCCAUACAAAAGUGGGGCAUGAGUGUUCAUUACAAUAGCCUUUUGUUUAGAUGUACAUUUGGGGAAUAUAAAUUCUGAUUUAUUUAUAGCUAGUCUAACUAUUGCAGCAAACUUUUUAGUUGGAUCUGUUGAUAAUUGAUGGAAUUCGUCUCCAAGAAGUAUAUCUUUUACUUUAUCCACAUACUCGUCCCGUUUCAUUAUUAUAACUGUAUUACCUUUAUCAGCUUUAGAAAUUACAAUAUUAUCUCGUGCAAUAGUGCUCUGUAACGAUUUCAAUAUUUUCAUGUCCUGAUUAGGUAUUGUGAGAGUGUGAGUGUUAUUGAUAUCGUGCGCUAUAAUAUUUUUAACAAUGUCCCCUUUCUUAUGAAGUGUUAUAGCUAAUUCUGUAUCUACUGCUAGUGUUUCAAGCGAUUUUUUAGAGUUUACAGUUGGGAUAUUGAAUUUUAAACCUUUCUCUAAAAGUGUCAUCUCAUGCUUUGAAAAAACCGUAUCAGUAAGAUUUUUAACACGAGGAUAGAAAUCGUGAUCAGUGUUGUCAGUAACUGCAUUGUCAUCUAUUACUAGUUGGGAUCUAGAGGAACUAGUUUGUAAGAAUUGUAAUUUCUUUUGCUGAGUAAUGUAUUUUUUGUGGCACUCUAUUGAGGCAAAAUCCCUUGCUUUGCUAUCUAACAGAUCAAAUUCUACGUUAUGUAAUUUGUAUGUGAGUUCAGAAUACAAUAUUUUUAAAUGUAGCUUCAAAUUAUCUCUAAUUGUGAACCAACUACGUGAUUCUUCAUUAAGCCAAAUUUUUUGAGCUUUUUUAAUAGCAAUAUCGGCUGAUCGGCUAUGCAUAUUAGUUGAAAUAUUAAUAUAUUUUGGUACUAAAUUUAAUUGUUUACAUUGUUGAUUAAACCAAACAUUUUGAACUGCAAGUCGAUGUAAUUUGGUUAAUUUUAUAUAGAGUCGUGCCUGCGUGGUUAAGCUAACCUCUUUUAAAUAUUGGAUAGAAGCAGGCGUUACUUUGCGGAAGUUCAUCAUGAUUAUAUAAUGAUUUAUUUAUUUUGCUAUCAUCCGCGAAAAUUCGGCGAACCCAUGCGACAACGUCACCCAGGUCCGACAAAAUACUCUCUACGUACGUUUCACCCCGAAACCGGAGCAUCCUCAGGAGAUGUUGACUCUACAACGUGCAAUUGCAAAGUGUCGUUUUCGACCUUUGCUUCGUCUUUUAUAGACCAAAAAGUAGGUGGGGCAAGAGGUGGGCGUUGCCAAGAUACUAAUAAUAUAAGCGAUUUAUCUCGCAUCGCAUUCAAACAUUUUUAUUAAUGGUGACUUCGAUAACUCUAUUUGUUCAUUUAAUAAGGUAAUUCCUGACUUAUUAUGUUUUAUUAUUUCUAAUUGUUCCAAAACGCAUAGUCGUAGGCCUUUAUUGCAAGUGUGCAAAAUGUCAUACAUAUGAUUAUCUGCCAGCUUAUGACCAGUAUCUAGGAGAUGCUUUGCAAAGUGCGACCUUUGUGGACGGUCAUUUCGAACAGCGGAUAUGUGUUCCUUGUAACGUGUAUCAAAAUUCCGACCGGUUUGACCAAUAUAUGUUGCAUUACAUUCAGAACAUUGCAAUUUAUAUACUCCCGAUUUAUGUUGCUUUUCUAGUUUAUCUUUACCAUUGCAAAUAUUUUUAAGAGAGUUAUUUGUUCUGAAAGCCACAUUUAUAUCAUGCUUUCUAAGUGUUUUUGCAAUACGUUCCGACACUGGACCAAAGUAUGUUAGACUAGCUUUAAAUUUUUUAGGUUUUUCUAAUGGAAUUCCAUAAAGUUCUUUUAUGGACUGGAACGGACAGACAAUUGGAUGUCUUUGUAGAUAAAUUAAACAAUUUGCACCCAAAAAUUAAAUUUAAAUUAGAAAUAGAACAGAAUAAUUCUUUAAAUUUCCUUGAUGUAACAAUCACUAGAGUUAAUAAUAGACAUCACUUUGGGAUUUAUCGUAAGCCAACUUAUACAGAUAUAACCAUACCAGCUUCAUCUUGUCAUCCAUGGCAACAUAAAUUAGCAGCUUUCCAUAGUUAUGUUCAUAGACUGAUGUCCAUUCCUCUAACUAGGGAUCAGUAUAACAAGGAAUUAAAUAUAAUAUAUCGCAUGGCCAUUUCGAAUGGAUACAACCCGAAUAUUGUGAAUAGAAUAAUCAAUAAGAAACAAUUGGUGUUGAUUAGAAAAGAACUUUAUGGAAUUCCAUUAGAAAAACCUAAAAAAUUUAAAGCUAGUCUAACAUACUUUGGUCCAGUGUCGGAACGUAUUGCAAAAACACUUAGAAAGCAUGAUAUAAAUGUGGCUUUCAGAACAAAUAACUCUCUUAAAAAUAUUUGCAAUGGUAAAGAUAAACUAGAAAAGCAACAUAAAUCGGGAGUAUAUAAAUUGCAAUGUUCUGAAUGUAAUGCAACAUAUAUUGGUCAAACCGGUCGGAAUUUUGAUACACGUUACAAGGAACACAUAUCCGCUGUUCGAAAUGACCGUCCACAAAGGUCGCACUUUGCAAAGCAUCUCCUAGAUACUGGUCAUAAGCUGGCAGAUAAUCAUAUGUAUGACAUUUUGCACACUUGCAAUAAAGGCCUACGACUAUGCGUUUUGGAACAAUUAGAAAUAAUAAAACAUAAUAAGUCAGGAAUUACCUUAUUAAAUGAACAAAUAGAGUUAUCGAAGUCACCAUUAAUAAAAAUGUUUGAAUGCGAUGCGAGAUAAAUCGCUUAUAUUAUUAGUAUCUUGGCAACGCCCACCUCUUGCCCCACCUACUUUUUGGUCUAUAAAAGACGAAGCAAAGGUCGAAAACGACACUUUGCAAUUGCACGUUGUAGAGUCAACAUCUCCUGAGGAUGCUCCGGUUUCGGGGUGAAACGUACGUAGAGAGUAUUUUGUCGGACCUGGGUGACGUUGUCGCAUGGGUUCGCCGAAUUUUCGCGGAUGAUAGCAAAAUAAAUAAAUCAUUAUAUAAUUACCUACAUAUUAUAAGCUACCUUCCUGCCAUAUUUCAAAUUUGUAGCAUGAAAGAUGAAGGACUUGGUUUUAAACUUGCGAGAGCCUUUAGACCUCCUUAGUACGGCCCUGUCGCAAAAUCCAUUCUUAGCGGAUAUCUACUAAUUAUAAACUACUUUCCUGCCAAAUUUCAUGCUUGUACGUUAAGCGGGACUCGAGAUUCCGCGAUGAAUGACUUUUAUCAUUUAUAUAUUAAGAUUGAAACUGCUGUGCAAUAGUGCCACUAGAUGGCGCUGUUUCAAUUCCUUAGAAAUUCGCGUUUACGUUAACGCGAUAGUAACAGUAUCAAACUGCCACUAGGUCCUUUGAACAUAGCUGCCCUAUGUGCAUAAACCGGACAAGUGCGAGUCGCAUCCGAUGAGAAGUUUGGUAUUUUUUGUUUCAUAUUUAAACUCAAAUUGCGUAUUCUCCUUUAAAACAAUUUUUUCAUUUUAAAUUUUCAAAAUGUUUUUUAUAUUAUUGAAAUCGAAACUUAUUAAUCAAAUGGUAUAAUAAUAAUGAAAAUCAUAUUUAAAGUUAAAAUGUAAGCAAAGGCGUUUAUGUGUGAAACUGCAGGCAUAGCAGAAAAAUGUUUAUAAAUUAUCAUAUCUGUGCUGGUUGCUAAGCAACGAUUUUGGGAACACUAAAUGGAAACUUUUUGGUAGAGUGGUGACUAGCCACGGCCAGUGGAACUGCCUCUGGUCAACUGAGCCAAUUUAAAAGAUCUAUACUAAUAUUAUAUAGCUAAAGAGUUUGUUUGUUUGGUUGAACGCGCUAAUCUCAUUAACUACUGGUCCGAUUUGAAAAAAGUUAGUGUUAGAUAGCCCAUUUAUCGAGGAACGAGAACCACGCGGAUAAAACUGUGUGGCGUCUGCUAGUGUAAAAAUAAAACAUUUGUGUUUUUGCAUAGAGAUGAAGGGAGACUGUUUUCCAAAAUAUAGUCUCAAAACAAGUCAGCAUUGCAUUGAUAUGUACUUGUUGAUUUUAAUUGAAAAAAAUUAUAACAAUAAAAAUAAUCGAUUCUUAGGGCACGCCAUGAUAAAACUAGUUAUUAUUUGAGUUUUAACUUAUGUUAAGUCACUUGCACUAAUACGUUGUACUAUUGUAAACGGUAAAACAACCAAUUUUAAUGUAAUUCAUUUGUAAAUUCUUUGAAUAUUUUUGUGUUUUUUUUUUCUGAAAUUGCUAGUUUAGGAUAAUAAAUAAUUAUAUAGUAUUUGUAUCAACCAGUUCUGUCAGUUUAAUAAUAAAUGUUACCACUAAAAGUGGAAUAAAUGGUGAAUGUCUGAUCUAAAUGUGAUAGUUCUAAUUUGUAACUCGAAUAUGUAUAUAUAUGGGGGGACUAUUCUACAAGUCAACUGCACUUUUUUUUCAAUAGAAAAGAAAAGAUCUCUUAUCUCUUAAAUAUGAUCAAUAUUCCCAUUUCCCCCUCCAACUAGUCGGGAACGACUGUAUUAGGAGUGGGUACGACAAAAAUCAAAUGGGGCGGUGAUCGAACUACCACCCCUCGGUGAUGAGUCCAACCAUUUUAUGGCUGAGCUAUUGAGGCUCUAUCAUACCCAGGCACUGCAAAACAGCCGUGCUCAUGACAAAUAUAAUCCAGUUUUGGGAAUCCAACCCACGGUUUAGUGUUUGCUAAAAUUAUUUGUAAUUAAUUAGUUUGACGUUUAUAUCUUUAAUACAUAAAGUAACAUUGUAACGUCACAAAAUGGACGACAGCGUUUUUGACAUUUGGAAAAAAUUAUAAAAUACAUAAUUUUUAAAUUAGGUUUUCUUUGAAAUCCUUCCUUAAUUUAUAUAAAUAAUAUCUAUAUUUGUCAGACCCUUAUUCCAUGUACAAUACGAAAUUAAUAUUGAUUAUAUUAAUAUUUUUUUGAGUCAACUACCCUAUUGAAUGAACUUUUUUUGCAGUUGUCUUUAGCAGUAGUUCGUCUGUACUUAUUGUGUAGUUUUAAGGUUUUAUUGCACUCGAAAUUUAUCUAGCCGAUAUAAAAGGUUAAAAUAAUAUCAAUGCUUUUAGGUGCAAAAUUAUUUAUAACACCUAUUCUCAAAAGUCAACGUUCUUUGAUAAGUACUUAUUUACAAUUGUUUAAUAGAUUUAUGAAAUUCUCAAUUAAAACGCCAUGAUAAAAUAAGUCAUAAUUAUUCUUUUUAAUUUUAACUUCUAAAUAUUCUAAAUAUAUUUUAGUCAUCAGUUUAUAAAUCACAUGCAGUAAUUACAUGUAUUUAUAUAGUAGGCAAUAAUAGUUAUUUACUUGUGGUGUUUUAACUCUAAUCAUUUUCAUAAAUUUUAUAAAUUCAUUUUUGUUUUGUUCUCUAUAUUUGAAUUGAUAGUUUAAUACUGAAUUUUAUCAAUAAAUGUUGCCACUAAAAGUGGAAUAAAUGUUGGAUGUCUGAUCUAAAUGUGAUAGAUGUUGCUUGAGUAAUAAUAAAUAUUAAAUAAGUAAUAAUAUAGAGGACUGCUUUUGAACUACAAGCCAACUGCAUGCAGUUGAAUUCUGCACCGAAACAUCCAAUCUUUGGCUCAUUUCAACUUGAAGUUAGCGUAAGUAUUCAUUUACACGAGCGGCUGCUGAUACAGACGACUGCAGACAGCGACGUCUCGGCGGCAGCCAACGGGAGUCGACUGCCGUUGGCUGCCGCCGAGACAUCGCCGACUGCGAUUGCGACUGCAGUUUGCUUUUAUUAGUAGUCAGUACUUACCGUAUAAUUUUAAGAUUUUAUUUGCACUCAAAAUUAUCUCAGCCGAUAUAAAAGGCCAAACUAUCUCUAAUGCUUUUUCGCAGCAAAAUUAUUCGUUACUGAAAUUGUAUAAUUUUAUUAAGUACUAUUGUACGCGUAAACAAACAUAUAUUUUAGUGAUGUAAUCUCCAUUGCUGGAAGCAAUUUAUGUUCUAAAUGUUAUUAAUAAAUUAUUGUGAAAUAAA